AUAUAAAAAAAUAUUCUUUAAUGAUUAGUUGAAAUCUUAUGUCCAAGUUAUAUUUUUUUUUUUGAAACUUUUUAAUGAUUAAUUGAACUCUUCAGUCCAAACACUUGAUGGUGUCUGAAAUCUGACCAGUCUUCCCUCGUUCUUAUUCACCUUUUUGACUCCAACAAUGGCAGCAGCUGCCACCGAUCUCAGCCGCCCUCUACUACCGUCCUCCGCCGGCAACAACCCAACUAACACAAAUUCCGAUCACAAUCCACCUUCCCAACACAUCAUAACCAUCAAUAAUCAUAUGGGUUUUCCCCAAUCUGAAACACCCACAAAUCAAGAUUCAAUUUUUCUUCAAACCCAAUUCAGAUUCGAAUCAUUAGAUGAUGGGUUAUCAAGAAACGAAGAAAACCCUUAUGGGGUUCUUGGGUCUGAUGGGUUUGACCCUCUCGGGUCAACAACUGUUGACCCGUUUAGAAACCAAACGCCCAAGAUUCAAGGGGUGUAUGAGUGGAUCAAGAUGCUGGUUUGUGUGCCUAUAGUGUUGCUUAGGCUUGUGUUGUUUGGAUUGUGUAUGUUGAUUGGGUAUGUUGCUACAAAAACUGCUUUACAUGGGUGGAAAAAUAAUCAGAAUCCUAUGCCAAGAUGGAGAUGUAGGGUUAUGUAUAUUACAAGAUUGUGUACAAGAGGGAUUCUUUUUUCAUUUGGCUACCAUUGGAUUAAAAGAAAAGGGAAACCUGCUCCAAGGGAAACUGCUCCUAUACUUGUAUCUAAUCAUGUAUCGUACAUUGACCCGAUAUUCUUUUUCUACGAAUUAUCUCCAACAAUUGUCGCAUCCGAGUCCCAUGAUUCCAUGCCCUUCGUUGGUGUCAUAAUUAGAGCAAUGCAGGUGAUUUAUGUGAAUCGGUUAUCAUAUCAAUCACGGAAACAUGCGGUGAAUGAAAUAAAGAGAAGGGCCGCAAGCAACAGAUAUCCUCGAGUACUUUUGUUUCCCGAGGGAACCACAACCAAUGGACGACAACUUAUUUCUUUUCAACUCGGUGCAUUUAUUCCUAGUUACCCCAUACAACCAGUGGUCGUUCGUUAUCCUCAUGUACAUUUUGAUCAAUCAUGGGGUCAUAUUGCUUUGGCCACCCUCUUGUAUAGGAUGUUCAUGCAGUUCCACAAUUUCAUGGAGGUUGAAUAUCUUCCAGUUAUUUCACCGGCACAACAUCAAAAGGAGAGCGCUGCUUGCUUUGCUGAGAGGACUGGAAGAGCCAUGGCUUCUGCUCUGAAUGUCGUACAAACACACCAUACUUUUGCAGAUUAUGCUCUUCUUUCAAAGGCAGCUGAGGCUGGACAGGAGAAUUUCGCACCUUUUAUGGUUGAAAUGGCAAAAAUACAAAAAUUAUAUCAUUUGAGCUCUUCAGAAGCUGUUGACUUUUUGGAAAGAUUUCUUGCCAUGAAUCCCGACAGCAGUGGAUGUGUUAACUACCAAGAUUUCAUUAGAGUUUUACGAUUGAAACAUUCUCGCCUUUCCGCAAAUAUUUUCGGAUUCGUUGAUGUCAACAAGAAUGGACUUAUAACCUUCAAAGAGUUCUUGGUAGCAUCGGCCCACGUUCUGAAGCUGCCAUUAUUCCGGCGAGCAUGUGAAGUGGCUUUUAAUGAAAGCGAUGAAGACAAAGAUCGUUACCUUUCAUUGUUGGAAUUCGGAGGUUCCAUGAGCUUAGCUAUACCCGCUCUAGCCAUGAACGAGAUACAAGCGCUUUUCGAAAUGUUUGACAUCGAUGGUGAUGGUAGGAUCAACGAGGACGAUUUCGCUACUUGCUUAAGAAGAAAUCCAUUACUCAUAGCACAUUUUAAUCACCAUUUCAUACACAAAGAUUUAGAUGCAGAAUCAGGUUUAGAGGAAAUGGUUUGAUGGGUUGGAUACAAGUUUGCCAUUCUCCAGUGCUAAAAGAACAAAAUCUCAAAGUACAACUCUCUAUGCAUAAGUUGCAAGUCAUUUUAGCUCAGGAAAAGGGAUUAUUCUUGCUGUAAAAUAUGUAGUUAAUGGAUUUUGUUUGACUUGUGAGGUUUUGACUUUGACUUUUGAUUUAUUGAAAUGGACAGGUAUCCUAACCUGAAUUUGAUUAUACAAAAAAAAUAUAUUAAUUAUUUUUUAUAUUA